UAAUGAUUUCAUAGUUGUGACUUGUGUUUAGAAUUUUUGUUGUACACCACGUUUUUUCGCUAACAAUUCCCAUGGUGUCAAAUUAUUUCUUGAUAAAAUAAAUUUAUGAUAAAAAAAUGAUUACAAAUAAAGAGGAGAUUAAAGAUGUAAAUGAUGGCGAUGAAAUCGAUCAGGAAUCUUCAAAUGUGCAAAAAUUGUUUCCUGGCUUUGAUACUUUUGAUGAUUAUAUGAAAGCUGGUUUCAAUGUUAUGAAAGAAGGGAUUAAAAUUACCAACAGUCUCCCGUCUGAAGAUAAUUUUAAAUAUUACUCAUGUUUUCCAAGUUUCAAUAAUGCAAGACAUUAUCAAAGUGAAAGAAUUUUAAAGUUGAUACAAGGCAUUGUUGGUUUAACAGGUGCAUCAACCGAUGUGAAUCGACGAAGUAUCGAUGAGAAACUUGAUCUACUGGUGGAAGCUAAUGACAUAUUUUUGGAUCGAGCUAAUGUCUGCAUGAAUGAAGAAUGUGGUAUAAAGCCAAAAGCGGAAGUACAAUUGAUUGUAGCUCAGGCUAAAAAAUCAAGUAAUAUUAAUGGAAGUUGGAAUACCGUGAACCGUGAUGCAAGCACUACUUCUGGAAUCAGCAAUACUCAGUCUGUACGAUUGUUGGGUGCGAAAAAUGUCCAGAGACCACAAUUAACUUUUAAGGAUAAAGUUGAUAAUAGUUCAAAACCAUGGAUGCCACGGAUUAAAGAGAAGCCUAAUGCUUUAAAACCACUUUCUAUAAUUUCAAAAAGAGGGGCGGAUGAACAAGUCAUUGGCCAUCCUUAUGAGUUUGAAUUGAAUACAUUUCAAGUGCCAAAUAAUCAAUUGAAAGAAAAUACACCAGUGAAAUACAGCAGUUUAGAUGAAACUCCAAUGCUAAUGAUAGAAAAAGAGUCGGAUAUUGAAAUUUUAUUGAAUGACUUGCAGAAUUAUGAUGAAAUAGCUAUUGAUUUAGAGCAUCAUUCUUACAGAAGUUUUCAAGGAAUUACGUGUCUUAUGCAAAUAUCGACACGAGAUACAGAUUAUUUGAUUGAUACUUUGUCAUUACGAUCAGAAUUACAUAGACUUAAUGAAGUUUUUACCAAACCAACAGUCUUGAAGGUAUUUCAUGGAGCUGAUUUCGAUAUCCAGUGGCUGCAGAGGGAUUUGUCUCUCUACGUGGUAAAUAUGUUUGACACUCAUCAGGCGGCUAAGCAACUGGAACUACCAUAUCUGAGUUUAGCAUAUUUAUUAAAGUCUUAUUGCGGAAUUGAGCCUAAUAAGCACUUUCAAUUGGCUGAUUGGCGCAUAAGGCCAUUGCCCCAAGAGCUCACGAAAUACGCCAGGGAAGAUACGCACUAUUUGUUGUACAUAAAAGAUAUGCUACGGAACGCUUUGAUACAAGUCGCAAAUGGCAAGACAAAUGUCUUGAAAGCAAUUUAUGAUCGCAGCACCCAAGUUUGUAAGAAAGUCUACAUAAAGCCCAUUUGGACUGAGGAAACUUGUUUAAACAUGUAUAGAAAGAGUCAAAAAAUGUUUAAUAAUCGCCAACUGUAUGCACUCAAGGAACUUCAUAAAUGGAGGGAUGGAACAGCAAGAGAGGAAGAUGACAGUGUUAAUUAUGUUUUGCCCAAUCACAUGUUAUUGAAUAUCGCCGAAACUCUUCCCAGGGAGAUGCAAGGUAUAUUGGCUUGCUGCAAUCCCAUUCCGCCAUUGGUCAGACAGAAUUUACUGCGAUUGCAUAAAGUAAUACUGAAAGCAAGAGAACAGCCGCUAAUAAAACCAAUUUUGGAAGACGACAUCAGACAACGUAUGACGCAGAGAAGUCACGUCGCUCAAUCAGAGACAUGGAUUUAUUCUCCUCACGAUACACCGCAAGGUACAGAACCCAGAGCCAAUUUAACCUGUCUUUUAAAUACCAAAUCCACAACAGAAACAUUAAUCUCCAAGAAGACAGAGGAUCAUGACAUAACAGUAUUUGAUAAUUCUUCAGAUGACGAAGAAUGUGAGAUAUCGAAACAAACAUUAUCUGUCAAUAAAAAAUUACCUUUUGUAAGUCCCUUUGAAAGGUAUAAACGUGUCAUGCCUAUGAUUGCUGAACAAGAGGCUAAAGAAAGGGAAAAACAAGAGAUUGAAAAAAAUAAAGAGAUUCUAUCAAAUAAAGAAAAAAAUGAAAGCAUUCAAAGAGUACAGGAUCACUUUAAUGAAAUUGUAAAAAAUAAAUAUUCACCAAAUAAUACUUGUUUAAGUCAAAUGCAUAACAGAAAAAGAAAAAUACACACGAUUAAUAAUGACAAAAAUGAAAAAAAUGUGACAUAUGACAUUAGUGCGCAAGCUGAAGUUUUCAAAAGUAAAGUUGUUAAUGAGAAUAUGAAAAUAAAAGAAGAGACUACUGCUGAAAAAUUUAAUGUUCAAUCAAAUGUAAAGACUGUAGAAGACGACACUUUGCAAUCAUUAAGACCGAAGAAAAAGGGCGUUAAACAAGAAACUGUAAAGAUAUUAAAUGCCAAGGGAAUGUUACCAUCAAAAAAUUUCAAUUACAAUGCUGUUGACUUUAGCAGUUUUCAAGGAGGUAGUAAUAUUGGUAAACAAGAUAAUACAGAAACAGUUUUCAAACAAAAUAAGGAGAAACACAAGAGAACAGGACAACGUAAAAGAAGAAAGAUUUGAGUAUUCACAGUGAAAAUAUUAGCUAUUAAAUCCUAUAUGUAUUUUGUUUAUUACUCAAAAAAAAUUUAAAGAUCUAGUUAACAUGAAUCAUAAUAUAAGAGAUAAUUUUUACAA